AACAAAGGCUACUUUACUAGUCUUGAAAAGGUUUUAAGGUUUUCAAAGUGAAAGUGUUUAAAGGAGCAAGAACAUUCUAGUUGAUUUAUUUCUAAAUUAGCCAUUUUGUAUUGGUCAACAUUCAUUCAACAUUCACUGUUUAAGAUCAUGUCUUUUAGUAGUGAUGAAGUCAAUUACCUUGUUUAUCGAUACCUUCAAGAAUCUGGUUACAUACAUUCCGCUUACACGUUUGGAAUUGAAUCACAUAUAAACUCAUCCAAUAUCAAUGGGUCUCUUGUUCCACCAUCAGCUUUGUUGAAUAUAAUUCAAAAAGGAUUACAGUAUACUGAAGCAGAAAUCAGUAUUGGCGAAGAUGGUACUGAAAGGAAUAUUGAAUCAUUGUCUCUUAUUGAUGCAGUUUUACCCGAUAUUGUUCCACAAAGACAACAACAGCUAACCAAUUCAAAUAAUAAUAGUUCAUCUAAUAAUGUGUCUAAUAAUAAUUCAUCCAAUAACUCUUCAUCAAUUGUUGCAAGUGGAUCCACUGAAUCUGGACCAACAGCGUCCUCCGUUUCAAAGUCAACACCGGUAGUGAUAAAAACCGAAUCAAAUGAUCCACAAGGUUCAUCUUCAUUAUUAGUUACCACUUCAGCUUCAUCAGUUAAUCAACAAAUACCUCCGACAUUAUCAUCUUCGAACUCAUCUAACGCACCACAACCUAUGGACACUACUCCAAGUUCAGCGCCAACCUCAGGAAAUUCACAUAUUCAACCUGGAACCGGUAUUUUGCCCGAAGAGACAUUAAAUAAUGGAGACGGCCUAGUUGAAAUUCCUAAUUCAAGAGUUACAGUCUUGAAAGGUCAUGAAUCAGAAGUUUUCAUCUGUGCAUGGAAUCCAUCUUCAGAUUUAUUGGCAUCAGGCUCAGGUGAUAGUACAGCAAGAAUCUGGAAUCUUAAUGAUAAAUCAAACGCUGUGGCAAAUCAAAUGGUAUUGAGACAUUGUAUCCAAAGAGGGGGUGCUGAAGUUCCAUCUAAUAAGGAUGUAACAUCGUUAGAUUGGAACUCUGAUGGUACAUUAUUGGCAACCGGUUCUUAUGACGGCUUCGCUCGUAUUUGGACAACGGAAGGAAGACUGGCUUCCACAUUAGGUCAACAUAAGGGACCAAUUUUUGCUCUGAAGUGGAAUAAAAAAGGAAAUUACAUUUUAUCCGCUGGUGUUGAUAAAACGACGAUCAUUUGGGAUGCUUCAACUGGCCAAUGUACUCAACAAUUCGCCUUUCAUGAUGCACCAGCACUAGAUGUAGACUGGCAAUCAAAUACAUCAUUCGCCUCUUGUUCUACUGAUCAAUGUAUUCAUGUUUGUAAAUUAGGAAUGGGUCAACCUAUUAAAACAUUCACUGGUCACACUAAUGAAGUUAAUGCGAUAAAAUGGGAUCCGCAAGGUAACUUUUUGGCCUCCUGUUCAGACGACAUGACAUUAAAAAUUUGGUCCAUGAAACAAGACAAAUGCAUCCACGAUCUGCAAGCUCAUAAUAAAGAAAUUUACACAAUAAAGUGGUCGCCUUUCACAACAAUAUUAGCCAGUGCCUCUUUCGAUUCUACUGUCCGUUUAUGGGAAAUUGACAGAGGAUUAUGUUUAUAUAACUUAACAAAACACUCCGAACCUGUUUAUUCGGUCGCAUUUUCUCCUGAUGGUAAAUUUUUGGCAUCAGGAUCUUUUGACAAAUGGGUACAUAUAUGGUCUACUUCAAAUGGUCAAUUAAUUAACUCUUAUAAAGGAACUGGUGGAAUUUUCGAAGUGUGUUGGAAUCAAAGAGGUGAUAAGGUUGGAGCAUCAGCUAGUGACGGAUCCGUUUUUGUAUUGGAUCUCAGGAGGUUACCUUCUCAAUAAUAUUAUACUUUUCAUCAAUGCGUUUAAUCAUCGCUUUACUGUGACAAAACUUCAAUUUUUUGGACAGACUUUUUUGCACCACAUCCCCACUUCAUUAUUCACCACUUUUUUCACCAUUUUGUCCACCACAUCCACCACUUUUUAAAAGGACUUGCUUCCGCCAUUUUAAUCCACCAUAUUGUCCACCAUUUUUGGAUACGAUUAGUAAAAACUUUUCGGUUAUUGAAAGUUGAGUUACGAAAAGUGGUGGAUGUAGUGCAAAAAAAAAUGUCCCGAAUUUUUACUGAAACGGUUGUAUUAUAAUAUAAUAUUAAUAUGAUCUGUGAUUUAAUUAUGAGUUAAUAAAUUAGCUUCACAAUGAAA